AUGGCAGAAGAAAAAUUAAUGGAGGCAGUGAGGGAACACAGAAAGCUGUAUGACACAAAACACGCAGACUACAUGAAGGUCAAACUCAAGAACCGGAUUUGGAGUGAUAUAGCAAAGGAUCUGAAUCUGAAAAACGGGGAAGAGACAAAAAAUUCGUGGCUGAAGCUGAGAGGCAGCUAUCGAGAUGCACGACGACGACAGGUGAAAUAUAUGAAAAGCGGAGCUGCUGCUGAGAAUAUCAAGCCGUGGAGAUACCAAAACCAGGUGCCAUUUCUUGAACCUCUUAUGACAGCUGGUCCACGUGAUAGUAAUCUAGGUGAUGACAGUGACCACAGCUCACAAGCUACAACUAAAACAUCAGCAAGAAGUGAUACACUGCAAACCGAGGAAUUAGAAGAUAACAACUCACUCGACAAUGAGGCGAAUGAGCAAAGUCAAGAUAUUAAUAACUACGACAGCAACGAAGUAUCUAGCAGGAGCAUAGGAACGGAGUGCAUAGCACAUCACACCGCUACUUCAACUCCAGUUAUUCAAAGAAAUCAAUCAAGGAAAAGAAAACAGGAAGACGUUGUAAUUCUGCUAAAACAAUCAAUGCAACAGCGUGAGGACAGACUACGUUGUAUAUUCGACUGGCUGGGUGGGUUAGAUCGUAAUCCAUCUGAUCUGUGA